UGCAAUCGUGGUCAACGUACUGUCUGUAUUUCCUCCAAACUUCAAACAGAGGGCAGAUUUGCAAUUGCAAACACCACACAGGGCGCAGCAAUCUCUUCUUGGAGGCAUCAAUUUCGAAAAUGAACAAAUGUACUUUUUUAUAUAUCCUGUGCAUUUUGUGUACGGUUCGUUUAACUACACCAUUCAACGCAGAGCGGAGUUCCCAAGACAUCUUAAUCACUAGCAAAUUGCGCACCAAAAGGCAGAGUUGUCAAGAUGGCACUUACCAGCAUGAGGGAAUGGCAUGCUGUCUCUGUGCGGCUGGCCAACAUCUGGAGAACCACUGCAGUGUGAGCCCAGAGGAUGGGACCUGUGUUUACUGUGAGGAAGACAGGACCUACAACAGUGACCCCAACUCUCUGGACUCCUGUGAGCCCUGCACUUCCUGUGACCCUAAAGCCAAUCUGGAGGUGGAGGACAGAUGCACCAUCUUCAAGGACUCAGUAUGUCGAUGCCAGCAGGGCCAUUACUGUAACAAGGGGAAGGAGCACUGCAGGGCCUGCUACCCAUGUACCAUAUGCAGUGAAGAGGGCAUCAAGGUAGCCUGUAGCGCCACCAACAACACCAUAUGCCAUGCCUUCAAAGAACAAGGAAGCAAUUUGGCAGUAGGAUUUGUCCCGACUACUGUUCUUCUUGUGGUUUUGAUUGUGAUCAUUUGCCUGUGGCGAAAUAAUAAAUUUUGUUUUGGGCCAAAUGGUGGUUUGACAGUACUGCCCAACCGGAGUUCAGAGGAAAUGCAGCCACUGAGAGGUGUUAAUCUCUGGCCACACCUCCCAGACAUUGCUAAGACCUUGGGGUGGAGGGACAUGAAACAGGUGGCCGAGUGCAGUGGGAUGACACAUACCGCCAUAGAAUCCCACCAGCUGAACUUUCCCAAUGACUCCCAGGAGCAAUGCUCCAGCCUACUGAGGGCCUGGGUGGAGAAAGAGGGGAUGACCACAGCCUCUGAGACACUGGUCCAGACUCUACUCCGCAUGAAGAAAAAGGUCAAGGCAGAGGAUAUCGUGGCUAUCAUCAGCAACAAGGAGGAUGGCGUCACAGGGCAAAACUCAGGAUCAGGACAGGUGUAGAUACUGUAUGUACAGUAUGGUCAAACCACUGCCUUUAACCAUGGACAGAUGACCGGGAAUAUGGCCGAAUAUAAACAGUCUAGUUAUUCCCUCCACAAGGCAAUCAAAAAUGUGAAAUGUUGUUAUAGGGACAAAGUGGAGUCGCAAUUCAACGGCUCAGACACAAGACGUAUGUGGCAGGGUCUACAGGCAAUUACGGACUACAAAAAGAAAAUCAGCCACAUCAUGGACACCGACGUCUUUCUUCCAGACAAACUAAACACAUUCUUUGCCUGCUUUGAGGAUAAUACAGUGCCACCGAUGAGGCACGCUACCAAGGACUGCGGGCCCCCUGUCUCCUUCUCCGUGGCUGACAUGAGUAAGACAUUUAAACGUGUUAACCCUUGCAAGGCUGUUGACCCAGACUGCAUCAACCAUUGUUCCUGGACUUUCAGGGUGUGUGCUCAGCCCCCUCCUGUACUCCCUGUUCACCCAUGACUGUGUGGCCAUGCACAUCUUCAACUCAAAUCAUCAAGUUUGCAGACGACACAACAGUAGUGGGCUUGAUUACCAACAACGGCGAGACAGCCUACGGGGAGGUGGGGCUUUCAGAGUGUGGAGUCAGGAAAACAACCUCUCACGCAACAUCAACCUAACAAAGGAGAUGAUCUUGGAUUUCAGGAUACAGCAGAGGGAGCACCCCCUAUCCACAUCGACGGGACAGCAGUGGAGAAAGUGGAAAGUUUUAAGUUCCUCUGCGUACAUAUCACGGACAAACCAAAAUGGUCCACCCACACAGAAAGUGUGGUGAAGAAGGCAACAACGCCUCUUCAACCUCAGGAGGCUGAAGACAUUUGGCUUGUCACCUAAAACCCUCACAAACCUUUACAGAUGCACAAUUAAGAGGUGGGACAGCUAAACAGCCAUCACUAACACAGAGAGGUUGCUGCCUACAUACAGACUCAAAUCAUUGGCCACUUUAAUAAAGGUAUCACUAGUCACUUUAUUAAUGUUUACAUAUCUUACAUUAUUUAACUAGACAAGUCAGUUAAGGACACAUUCUUAUUUACAACGACGGCCUACACCGGUCAAACCCAUACGACGUUGGGCCAAUUGUGCACCAACCUAUGGGACUACCAAUCAUGGCCAGUUGUGAUACAGCCUGGAUUUGACACAGUGUCUGUAGUGACGCCUCCAGCACUGAGAUGCAGUGCCUUAGAAGCACAAGCAUUUCGCUACACUUGCAUUAACAUCUGCUAACCAUGUUUAUGUGACCAAUAACAUUUUAGUAGUACUGUUCAUGUCAGUUAAGAUGCCAGUAUGUAUAGCUGGGUUUAACAGUCUCUUAAGGUUCAGUUUCAUCAGUAACAGGUAAGACCUCUGUUGUUGCAGGGACAAGCUCAUCCGAGUCCUGAUGAGAUAAAGCCAUCAGCAGCUUCAUCCUGUGCUGUGACUCCUUGAGCUGUUGCAUUCAGUAAUUGGUCCACAUUUGUGCGCCGGAUCAUGUUGGGGCCUACAUUCACAGUGUAGGUCAAGGGUCCUGUCUUUGACACAAUCUCGCCAGCUUACCAUUUCUGGUUUGGGCUCUUGUAGUUUCUGGCAAUAACUUCCUGUCCAAUGUCAAAGGUUCUGAGUUGCUUUUGUUUUUGUUUUGGGGAACACUGUUUCUGUUGAAUGUGUCAGCAGGUUUGCAGGUAGCAAACAGAAAUAAAAUUACAUUGUACAUUAGAAUAGUUAAAUCCUUCUCUCUUUCCCAAGUCAAAUGUAUCCCUCUCUACCUCCCCAAUUUCUCUCCCCUUUACACCAGCCAAGCCAAGCUUCUCUCAACCUCCCAUCCUUGUCCACCCAAGCCAAGCUUGGCCUUAUUUCUCAUUCUUGGCCAUCCUUGCCCACCCUUACCCACCCAAGCCAAGCUUGUCCCAACCUCCCAUAUUUUCCCACUCUCUCUUCCUCUCAGACACACAAACAUUCACCCACACACAUACCUAUACUCUCACACACACACACACACACACACACACACACACACACACACACACACACACACACACACACACACACACAUAUAGAAGUUAUUGACAUACAUGCUAUAUCAUCCCAUUUGAAUUGUCAUCGGUGUCCAUGUAGCCCAUUGUUAUCGGAUACUUCUAUCAUUAAUUUAUUGAGCAGAACAGUUGCUUGGGAAAGCCUAGUAUAGAUUUUUUGGGGGGAGGGGGAAUUAAUAUUGUCUCAAUUUACGAUAAACUGGUUUUAGGCAUCAUUGGAUCUAGCCUAUAUUGUGCUCAUCGCUUUUCCCCGCUUCAUUCUCUUCUCAGUAAAUGGGACUCUCCUUGUUGAACUGGAAAGGUUUCUUGCAGCUUCAUUUGGGCUUCAUCGGCGCUUGUGAAUUCCAUCCUUUACCUUCCCUUCCAUCCCCACAGUACUGCUGGGAAGUCGGAGCUGAGGUUUAAUCCCUUUUUCCUCCAGUGACUGUCUGAUCGGGAUGUAAUCCAUGCGUCUUUUUCUCAGCUUUGCUGGGUCAGGGUGUCACCCAGUAAUAGUUCUGAACCUCUUACAACUGGUGGUUCUUUUGGUGUUGCUAUACUCAACUGUAACUGAUCUGUGUGCCUUUUCCAGAUGACGUCCUCUGCAUUCUGGACAGUGUAGUACACAGGACUAGUCUGAGAAAUUUAGCAUGAACCCACUUUGGUCCGCUGAGGUAGUUUCUUGGGACUCUAGCUGCAGACACUAACUUAAGAAACAUUCUGUCUUUGAAUGGACCUGCAAAGUUGAUGUGUGUGUGUUGCCACGCCUCCUCCAACCAAUCCUACAGGUGAAGAGGUGCAAGUUGAGGUAUGUUGCGAACCUUCUGAUGAGGAUUUUUUUGUAGCUUUUUCCUCAAUGCUUACAUCAAAAAGACGUCAUGAAAAAUAUGUGUUACUCUGGUUGUGAUCUGGAUAUAAGACAUCCCGACCAGAUUUCAACUCGACAAAUACGUCUUUUGUCAUCAUCUAUGCCCACUGGGUGGUGUAUGGUUGUAGACAGUUUAUAUGUGUCAUGCAGCCAGCUAUUUUAAUUUUGCAAAGGUUUUGUUGAAUUGUUUUCCAUUGAGUCAAUGUAUUUUGUUUAUACCCAUGUAAGUCAUAUGAAGUAUACUGUAGUCAUAAAGCUGGGCCCUAUUUUAUUGAAAAAUACAACAACAAUAGCCUUUAUUUAUUCUUAUAAAUGUGCGCUGCAUUGUAUGCUAUUCUGUUGAAAUGCAGGCCAAAUUAUGUAAAAUAGCCAAAUAAAGUCAGUCAUGGGAGAAUAAAAAAAUGAAAAAAUGUUGA